AUGCACGUGCCGGUGACCGUGACCGAUGACUCAUUAUCUUCAUUCUACAAGGGUUUAUACGCUGUGGUGGAUGAUCCUUCACUGGAUUCAGUAGUCUCGUGGAGCAAAGACAAGAAAAGUUUCGUCAUAUGGGAUCCGAUAGAGUUUCAGAGAAGGGUUCUGCCACAAAGAAGAAUACUAUCCUUAAACUUCUCCUUGUUUAUGGCCGACCUUAAGUACUAUGGAUUUAUAAGGGUUAAGGGAUCUAAGCAUCGUUAUCACAUUGGACAUCCGAAAUAUUUUGUGAGAGGUAAACCUGCGCUUAUGAAAAAGAUGCAGGAAGAGAGAAUACACAAAUUUGAACAAGCCAGGGCUAUGAGAAAGAAAGCCAAAGCUAGAGCCAUGGAGUUAGCGGAUUCCUUGGGUGGUUUAGCUCUUUGA